UGCAUCCAUCUCGCUGUAGAUCUACAAGCACAAGUAUCCUAUCUCAGUUUUUUUUGUUUGUUUGUUUGUUUAAAGCGAUGAGGCUUGUUCUUCUUGUCCUGCUCUCGCUCGCUGCCCUGGCUGCGGCCAACGCCAACUGGUACUUUUACCGCAUGGGCACGUCUUGUGACCGUUGCAACAACGGCAAUGUGGUUGUUGACGGCGACAAUGUGCCGUGGGCGCCCGGCUAUGAAGACAUUGGCCGGAUGACCAUCACCCGUGCCACCAGCUCGUCGCCGUUCCUGGUCAACGCGACCUCGAGCAUGAGAGAUUGGAGUAACGUUGUUUCCACCAGCGAUGGCGCGUGCACGCUGCUGCUGCCUCAAGUCAGUCCACCGCUUUUCGUGAUAGUGAACAGCGUUGUCCAAGCCAAGCAGCUCAGAGUUGUGUUCUUUACCAACCCUUCCUGCUCGCGUCCUGCGUCUCAAAGUACGAUUUACGCUAUGAGUGGCCUGUGCCAGUUCGUGUCCGACCUGCAAGGCGCUGGCUCCAGCCAGUCGUUCGUUCAGUUCACGCUCCUGUCAGACAACACUGUCGGCUACGGCGUGUUUGAACUGCUCGGCUGCCGACGCCAAGGAACAUACACCGGUCGUGGCGUUGCCCGGCUUGGAGAGUGUGCCGAAGUUAAGCAGGAUACUUACUACCUUCAGGUGACGCUGGCGUGAAUCUCGCCCGUUUCAAGUACAUGACGAUGGUAAUAUUCAACGCUUUCGUGCUGUUUCCCAACGCUCCACCGAGUGGAGGAGACGAGUGCUUUUUGUUAUGAGACACUUCUCCUGUCCAAUAAAACGUGCCUUGCACAAUUACCAUCAUCA